GUCAAGGAGGACGUGACACAGGCAACAUGUUUGUCUGUCCUUCCUGUGAUACCUCUCCUUCAUUUUUCUUCAUUUUAUCAUUUUAUUGUGUCAUUCUAUUCACUGUACCAUAACACUAAACUUAACAUUCUAUUGCUUACCACAAUCCUUCUUUGUAUGAUAAAUAACACCAAUUAUAAUUAUAAUUAUAAUGCAUAUAUUAUAAUAUAUUUAAGAUCUCAAAUUUCACACACACUAAUUUUUGAAAAAAAAAACUCAAGUCAGAAUCAAGGUGCUUGUAUUGGGAUUGAAUCAAAAACCCUAAGCCCUAAAUAAAUCAACAAAAAUAAAAUGUCCAAACCCUAAACCCGCCGGAGGUUUUAUUUCUUCACUGUUUUUCCUGCUCGAAAGAAGAAGAAAAUGGAUGGCGCAGAGGAGAUGGAGAUCGAACAACAACCAUUACACAACAAUUCUAAGCGAUUUGGUAUCAAAAACUCUAUUCAGACUAACUUCGCCGAUGAUUACGUUUUCCAAAUCGUUCCAAAGAAUGAUUGGACAUCAAUGGCGGUAUCACUCUCAACCAAUGCGAUUAAAUUGUACUCUUUAGCUACUGGACAGUACAUUGGGGAAUGUAAUGGUCAUUCUUCGACUAUUAAUCAAAUUUCCUUUUCGGGUGCUUCAUCGCCACAUGUGCUACAUUCCUGCUCUUCUGAUGGAACUCUCAGAGCUUGGGAUACCAGAUCUUUUCAGCAGGUUUUAUCCGUAAGUGCUGGCCCUUCUCAAGAGAUAUUCAGUUUCUCCUUAGGUGGAGCUAAUCAUAAUCUGCUUGCUGCCGGGUGUAAUUCUCAGGUUCUCUUUUGGGAUUGGAGAACCAAGCGUCAGGUUGCGUGCUUGGAAGAAUCUCAUACGGAAGAUGUUACUCAGGUGCACUUUAUUCCAGGCUAUGAUGAUAGACUCAUUUCCGCAUCGGUUGAUGGAUUGAUGUGUCUAUUCGAUACUGGUGGAGAUAUCAACGAUGACGAUCAAUUGGUAUCGGUACUCAAUGUGGGAACCUCUAUUGGAAAAGUGGGAUUUCUUGGGGAGAAGAAUCAGAAGCUUUGGUGUUUGACACACAUUGAAACUUUGAGUGUCUGGGACUGGAAAGAUGAAAGAACUGAAGCCAGUUUUGAGGAUGCUAGAUCCUUGGCCUCUAAGAGCUGGAUGGCAGACAACGUUGACUAUUUUGUUGAUUGCCACUAUUCAGUGGAGGAAGACCGUUUCUGGGUGAUUGGCGGGACGAAUGGUGGUUCCUUAGGCUACUUCCCUGUAAGUUAUAAAGAGCCACGAGCUAUUGGUCCUCCAGAAGCAGUUUUGUGCGGUGGACACGAAGGCAUCAUUAGGAGUGUCUUGUCUGGCGUACCAGGUGAGACCAUGGAUAACCACGGUAUCUUUGGUUGGACUGGUGGUGAAGAUGGUCGUCUUUGUUGCUGGUUGUCUGAUGAGUCUGGUACAAGCCAAUCAUGGAUCUCUACUCUUGCUUUGAAAUCUGAGAAGACUCGCAGAAAGGGUAGACAUUCUCCGUAUUAGCAAUUUUUCCUUUGGAUGGACGAUUAUGUUGUAUAUUAGUUCUUUAUAUUGUUGUCUUAUAUCAAUGUUGUGUCUUAAUUCAUUGGUCAGGCUUGCUUCAUAUAAAAUGCCUUCUUUCUUCGACAGUAAUUGCCCAGUUACUGUAUUUUGAUUGUGGAC